AUGGCCUAUGAGCAGGAGGGUUUUAUGAGUGAGGAGCAGCGCGCGUUGUUUGCUGUGGCCGGUUGGUCUGACGGUAUAACGCGGCAGCUCGAGGAGCUUGGGAGGGCGCACGCGAGGCAGAUGGAGACGGCACAGACAAGCAUGCUCGGGUUGAUUGUGGCCCUUGAGAAGCACGCCGCCAAGAAGCAGUCGUCGGGAGACGCGUGGCCGUGGCCGUGGCCGUGGACCAUGUCGUGGUCGAGCGGACACUUGCCCGUCCAGCACUUCAUCGCCGAGAUGGAACGCAUCUUGUCGGCGGAGCUGCAAGACAGACGCGAGUUCAACGCGUCGCUCGUUGCUUCGUUAGGCAAGCUAAGAGACGUCAGUUCCCACCUCUGCGGGUGGAACAAGGCGCUGCUGAACAAGCUGCAGCGCAAAAAGCACCAGCUCUCAGACACAGAGAAGCGCGUCCAGGACUACCGCGCGGCCGAGGGACGCCGCAAAGACAAGGCCAACAUUGUGUGUCUCGUCACGCGGAGCAGAGUGGCAAGGGCAGCCAAGGUCGCUCAGGCUGUCAUGGGGGAGACGGCGAGGUUGCAGGAGCAGUGGAACGAUGCCGUGGCGCUCCGUAUUCACGUCGCCAGCCAGGCAAGGCAAGCCGGCGAGCAGACGCGGCGGCGGUGGGAGGAGCAGACGGUCGACCUAGGAUUCUUAUAUGUACGUAGUUUGCAAGACAACUACAUCAUGUUUGCACAAUGA